AGACUUUAGGGUACCUUGUAAAGUUAAACAAAUGUGGUAGUAGGGUGAUGGUUAAAAAUGAAGGGAGGGGAAGAUGUAGUGAAAGAAAAUGGGAGGAUCAAGCAAGAGCCAACCACAGUCAUCUCCUCCAUGGAACCUUCUCACCCCUUCCCCCCUCCCCUCUUCGCCUUUAAUCCACCUCCGCCUACUUCCCUAGCUCUGGUUAACCUUUCUCCUCCUUUCCCUUCCGUUAGCCACCCCAAAGCUUCCUACAAAGAAAAGCUAGUUGGAGUUUCAUCUAUUCUUGUUGCUCAAUCUUUUUACCCACCCAUUUGUUCACAAUUCUUAUCCUCAUCUCUAACUUCACCCCACGAUGCCCAACCUAACCCCUUACCCAAACCCCUCUACCCACUGCAAUCACUUAGCUAUUACCCUUUCCCAAGAGGAAAAGGAAUAGUUUUAUCGUCCAUGGAAACUUAAUGUCAUUGUUAAACCCUUCAGCCUUCCCAUGGAAUUCUUUUAUGUUGUUGAAAUACUUAAGAAUAUCGAAAAAUUUUGCGCCCUAUUUGAUGUCAUCAACCUCGACGAAGGGUUUCUCCUUAUCAAGCUCUUAUGUGAGGAUUACCUUAUCAUUAUCUUCAAGAAAGGGCCUUAGUUCAU